CCAUGGUGACGAGACACUCACCAUCGCCAUUGUACUGUAUUGCCCACUUGAUAAAAAGAAACAAUAGUUUUUUGUGCUUGUUUGUUUAUUUUGAGAAGACAGUGUGCUUGCAAGUUAAUGUAGAAAUGGAGCUCAUAGGAAGCAGUUAUAAAGGAGAUACAAAAAAUGGCAGGAUGGAUGGAGAAGGACUGUACACGUUUCCUACAGAGACCAAGUAUGAGGGAGAGAUGAAAGAUGGGAUGUUCCAUGGCAAAGGAGUGCUACACUUUUCAAAUGGAAGUAAAUAUGAGGCCACCUGGGAGAAUGGCAUAGCUAAACAGGGGUCACUCACGUUUGCUGAUGGUCUGCAGUGCCAUGAGAAGGACUGGGACUACUGUGACGGAUACGACAGGCGCUUCUACAGCGAGAGGUGCAAUGGACUCAGACCUGCAGGAGAAUCUCAGUUAACUGAUCUGCAUCCGCCACGCGUCAUUCCUGAUGGAUGCUACGAUUGUGGGGAUGGUUUCUAUGACCCCGGUACCAGAGUGGUCACUUCCCAAACUGGCAGAUUCCUCAGGAAUGCAGAUGACUCCGAACAUGAGUGGAUUGUGCGGACUUGUCGGAAAGCUUGGGAUGAGGUUGUUGGCGUUGAUCCUGAAAAGUCUGUGGCAACUGGACCUGAAGAGACCAGCAAUAACAACUGAGGCCUCCAUGAAAAGCCUAUUAAAACUACAGGAAGUGUCCUAAUUGUUUUUGUUUUGUUUAACAUGUCUUUGUUUAAGAUAUAUAAUUAAAGAAACAAAAGAUUU